UUAAGGUAGGGCUUGCGCUACCUGGCUACCUGUGACUCGACGGGGGCGCUGGUAUUCAGACACCCCCAUUUGUCUCGGCUAAGCUUGACUGUGUCAUGAUAACGACGCGCGUAACUGGGUCAACUGCGAAGGGCUUUGACUUUCGCCAUCGCCUAUGCUUCCCUCGUGACACGGCGCUUCCGCACAUAAUUUUUGCAUAUGCUCACUUUAACACACAAUAUCAGUACUCACGACACCUGUUCCUAUGAAUUGUCAACCGUGCGUGAAGAACGCGGCCACGAGAAAUGCUUUGAACGCUUCCCGGGUCCUUAGGCACGGGAGUUGAGCGUGGGAGCUGCCUUGAGGAGCCGGCGCACAUAUGGAGAAAUAUGAGUUCCUCAGCCGGACAGGAGAGGGGGCGUAUGGGUCGGUAUGGCGUGCCCGGGACAAGAACACGGGCAUGAUGGUGGCUGUGAAGAAGAUGAAGGACGUGCCUACCACAGAAGAGGAAGGGGAAAUCGCCAUGCGGGAGGUCCGUGUGCUGCAGCUGGCGAAACACGUGAACAUCGUCAACCUGCUGGAGGCAUAUAAGAGUCAGAGUGGGCGCCUGUACCUUGUAUUCGAGUAUGUGGAGCGCACGCUACUUCAAGAGCUGAAAGCCAACCGCGGCGGCAUGCCGCCCGCUGCUGUCAAGUCGUUGACAUGGCAGCUGCUGCAGUCGCUCUCAUACCUGCACCGGAAGCAGAUCAUUCAUCGAGAUGUCAAGCCGUCAAAUAUCCUGAUUACGGAGAGCGGCGUCCUGAAGAUUUGCGACUUCGGAUUUGCGCGCGCCAUGACCAGCUCCUCCGCGGACCCAGCCUACACCACGUACGUGGUCACGCGCUGGUACCGCGCGCCGGAAGUGCUUGUGGGCGACAACUACGGGCCGCCUGUGGACGUGUGGGCGCUGGGCUGCAUCUUCGCUGAGAUGUUGGCGGGCCGGCCACUGUUCCCGGGCAAGAAUCAUCACGACCAGCUGUGGCUAAUUCUCAAGUGCCUGGGCACCAUGACGGAGCGGCAGCUGGAGCUGCUGGACUCGGACCCGCAGUUUGCGUGCUUCAGGCUUCCCACGCAAUCGGAGAUCGAGCCGCUGGAGCACAGGCUGAGCGCACUGAGUGGACCGGCGAUGCAGUUUUUACGGGCGUGCCUUAACCCGGACCCCAAGCAGCGCGCCACCGCAGACGAGCUGUUGGCCAUGCCGUACUUUUCGGGUGUCACGGACGUGCUGCCGGUGGACGACCUCAUGGCAUACCCGGACGCCGACCUGCGCGCAAAGCUGGAAAAGGCGGUGGCGCAAGACGCCGCGGCCGCUGCAGCAGCAGCGCAGCGGGAGUCCUUGCUGUUGAUGCCCAGCACCAGCAAGCGCGGGGUGCUGGCGCCCACUAACAGCAAGCAGCACAUGAACCCGCACAUGAACGGCCAGGCCGUGUCACCCGGCCGCAAUGGCUCGGGUUUGCCGCUGGUGCACCACCAGCAGCAGCAGCAGCCGCUGCUCCAGCCGCACAGCAGCCAGCCCAUGGUGGGUCCGCUCCCAUCCAAGGCCGCCAGUGUGCAGCAGCUGUCGGCAGUGCACAUGACGGAAGCGCGGCCGCCGCUGCAGCGGUACAUUACGGCGCCGGCGGGCAGCAUCGCCAGCAAGGUCAUGUCGCAGCCGCCGCCGCUGCAGCCGCUGUCGCAACACGGCGGCUACUCGCAGGUGCCGCAGCCGCAGCAGCGCUCCCGCCCGAGCUCGGGUGGCGGUAACAACAGCCAGCAGCCUUCGCCGUCGGGCAGCAGCACAAGCAAGGCGUCGUCGCAGCAGCAGGUGGGGCCACCGGGGCCGGUGCGGGAUGAGCGUGACCGCGAGCGCGAACGGGCGCCGGCGCCGUCCGGGAACGCGCUGGUGCCCUCAGGCAUGAACGGCAUGGGGCUUGGCAGCGGACUGCCCAUGCGGCCCACGCGCGGCACGUGGCGAUUCAGCGGGGACGGCGAGGCGGGUCUGCCUCCCACCAUCACUCGCCAGCUGUCGGGCACGGUGAAUUUCCAGACCUACAGCGGUGCAGCAGCUGGCGGCGGGGGCGCGGCAAUGGAGCAGGGGCGCGGGGGGCCGGACCACGUGACGCCCUCCCUGCGUGCACCGCAGCAGCGCACCACGUGGAAUGGCGCUGCGUCAGCUGCGCAGCCGUCGCAACGAAGCGGAGCCAGCAACGGCGGAGGCAGCAACAACAACAGUACCAGCGGUCAGGACCAGGGCCAGUCGCGCAGCUCGAGCAUGAACGGGCAGGAGCAGGGCAGCAGCACUGCUGCGCACCGCAAGGCGCACAGCCUCGCGGGCAACGAGGGGCUGCACGUGAACGGCGGGGGCGGCGGUAGCGCGACGCUGCGCAACGGCGUCGCGCCUGGCGGUCUGACUGGGCUCCAAGGCCGCAGCCUGGCCCCGGCGCCAGCUAGCUCCAGCGGGCAGUCACAGGCCACGCACCCGGGCUUCCCAUCCGCAAACGCAGCUGUGCGGCUCAGCCCCUCGCCGCCGCCCGGUAGCUAUGGUGGCCCGCUGCGGUCCACCAACUCAGCGUCGCUGGUGCAGCCAGCCGCGCAGGCCUCACAGGGUCGCGGCAGCCACGACGGCAUGGGCAACGGCCCCUCGGGUCAGCUGCUACUGGGCCCGUCUGUCCACGGCAUCUCCAUCGUGUCUGGCGGUGGGGGCGGCGGCAAGACAUCCAACAGCGGCUUUCUGCCGCAGCCCGGGUAUCCCGGGAGCACCUCCAGCAUGCACGCCGGCGGCCUGCUGGAGCCGGAGGCGUCGGACUCGAGCUGCUACGCAGAUGCCUCUGCCUACCUGAACGACGGCCGGCGUGCGUCAGACACAGUGCUGUACGCGGCGGCCGCCCUAAAAGAGGCGAAGCAUAGGCUUGACAAGGCGUCAAACAUGAUCUCAGGGACCAGUCGGCCGCCAGGGCUGCUGGACGGCGUGCCGGUCGCUAACGGCGGGGCGGUGGGCGGCACACUUGACGGGGGCAGCCGCAGCGUGGGGCUAGGGGUGCUGCGCGCGCCUUCGUUUGGCAGGACGUCUGGGCCGCCCACGGGCAUUCCGAACGGCCCGCCGUCUCCAGACACCGUCUUGCCAUCCAACCUGCCGCCGCUGAUGGGCGGCACGCCGCGCCGCAUCUCGGCGCCCGAGUCCUCCACCACGUCGGGAGCGCUGGCGGCGUUGAACAACGCUACCAACGGCGGCGGCACCGGCGCGUUAGGCGCAGGCAGUGGCAGCAACAGUAGCCGCGCGCUCAUGGGCAGCAGCCACCCACCGAGCGGUGGCGGCUACCUGCAGCGGCACAACAACAAGCAACAACAUCAGCAGAGCCAGCAGCAGCAGGCAAACCUGCAUGGCCAAGCAUUGGCGCAGCUGCCGAGCAUGGGCAGCGGCGAUAGCGACGAGGGGGCCCAGGCUGCCAACAUUAGUAGCAAUGGUGCCUCCCAUGGGACCUUCCUGCCUGCGCUGGAGGUCGGGAAGCCGGGCAGCCGCAUACCGUCUGCAUCCCUGGGGUCCACGUCCGGUGUGGGCGUGGGCCGUCGGCCAAGCAAGGGCUCGCUGCGCUCUGUGGGCCCGGAAGCGGCCCACUGCAAGCGUGAGGAGGCCAUGAAGGCGCUUGCCCUGGAGGCGGUGCCGGAGGCCGGCGUUUUAUGAUGCGAAUGUGGUCAUUGUGACACCUAACUUCCGUAAGUACAUACGUUACUCCGCGCUGUAGAUAGGACGCGGCGUUCGCGCGGUGCCGCUCAAGCAGGGGACGCCAAGUUUUGAACCUGGGGCUAGUGCGUGUGGGCAUUACUUGAUAACGUGUAGCGGAUUGACAUUGACGGUGCCAGUGACUCCUGCCCUUUCCGGCUUAUGGCUAAGGUUGACCGCGCCUUGACGCAGCAUGGCUGAGCAUGAACCACUCGUUCGACUUGACAGGUGGAUGGGCCUUCGCCCGGCCAUGGGUGGAUGCAUUGACAAAAUAGUAUGAUUGCGCUGAGCGUGUAUGACAUUCAGGUUGCUGUUUCACCGUACUUUGGCAAAGAGGAUGUAUGGGCAUGCUGGAGAUUAUUGCUUUGUGCUAGCUGUGGUGGCAGGGCAAUAGUGGCAUGGCUGGUUGACAAGGUAGUGUGCGCGUUUGGUCGGUCUUCUUCGUAUAUGAUAGUGGAUGGGCUACAGAAGUUGGCACAGGGUCAAAUGACAUGGCCGUGGCCUCGCUUGUAUUGCGACCCUGAGUGGACACCGCUCAGUAAAGUGCGUAGCUGCUGCAAAGGGAUCGGGAUUUAUGCUUUCACUGGUAACUGGGGUACGUUGGUUGGCAGCUAUGCGCCAAGCGUGAUGCUGCGGACCAGACGGUACGGCGAACGGUGAACUAGUCAACGCAAUGCGUGGUGCACAUAGCCCCUGUUAACGAUGACCAAGAGUGGUGUUAGAGGGGACGGGGGUAGAUGCUUGCCUGGUGAGUUGAUACAUGUCCCCAAAUACUGCGAAUUCCAAGAGGGUCCCAUCCUGGUUCAAGCGUGCCGCGCUGUCGCGGGAGGGUAAACUUCGAUUGAUAGCCGAACUGCUGCAGGAACACAGGCUAAGCUGUUUGUGACGGCACCCAGCCGGGAUGUCCUGGCUGUAAUGCAUUACCCUGUAAUACAUCGAUAUG